GGCUCCAUGGAUGCUCGAGUGAAGUUUCGACAUUUGAGACCUGGUAACGUGGAGCUUUUAAAGGCCAAAAUAGAGCAAGUAAACAAGGACGCUACCAAAACAUAUGAAAAGCUGUCUCUUCUUACCAGAUCGCGGAUUUCGUUGCAUGACGCUCAAAUGCAGCGUAUUCACUUUGUGAUAUGGCUUGAUGCUAGUCGAAAAUAUCAGGAGACAUCUCGAAAACUCCUUGGUGACUUACAAAUUCUAGUCCAUGAUAACAUAUAUCUGAAUUCAUUUCCUUGGGACGACGAGAAAUCAUCACUUGCCCAGGUUGUGGAAGCUCACUCUCUUGGGUUAGAGAAAUUUGUAACUGAAGUGAUUCAACCACUAAAUCAUUUAAGGUUGGAACUUAAAAAAUCAUUACAAUCAAACAAAAAGUUGAGAGCAGCUUUGAGAGAUGCCUAUACAAACAUCGAAACACAAAUCUUUGAUCUUCUACAGUGCGAGGUUGAGAUUAACGCAUUUCAACCAUUGUCAAGAUUGGAUAAUAUUAGGAGAGUGCGGGAAGACUCAAUAGAGGACGAAAGAGGUGGGAUUCCCACAGAGGCAUGGCAGUGGGACACGCAUGACGAGAAGUUCAGGGCGGACUUGCUCUCUGAAUUCGUUCAACUUGACGCAGCUUUUACUGACAGAGUUAAAGGUGCAAAAAAGGAAUUUAUUAACUUGGAGAACGAUUACUGUCUUAAUGAGUGGAGAAUGGAGGACUUCCGUUUAGUGGAAUUCCUUUGGGAUGGGAAGUUGUUGGACUUCUUUUGUGACCACGAUGUACUAAAAGUGAAAUUGGAAGAUACUGUGCUGGCAUGGACGAGGGCUAGACAAGAGCUUGCAGACCGCAUUCAUGUGACGUUAGAGGACGCUAUGGAAGAGUAUUACAAGAAGAAUAGAGAAAAGGCGAGUGUGGAGAAGCAGCGAGUUUUGUGCCAGCAACUGACGGAGAAGGUUCAGAGGUGGAGGAAGGAGAAAGCAGAGUUAGAAGAACUGGAGUUUCGAGCUCGAGAAGCAAAUAGAGUUGCUGCAAUGGCAAAGGAGAAAAGGAGGCAGGAGAGGGAAGGCAGACGUCGUCAAAUCAUAAAAAAUAAAAUUCAAAUGCGACAGGAGUCGAAACGUCAAGAAAAGGCGGAAUUCGAAGCCGCUGAGCACCUGCGGUUGGAGAUGUUAAGACGAGUUUUCGACAAACAGCGGCAUCAAGACACUCGACGUCUGUUAGAAAUCGCAAGAAAGCGUCUGAAUCAACAGUCCACUCGUCGACUAGAGGCCUCUGAAGAGGCUGCGAGGCGGGCCGAGGCUGUAGAGACUCGGCUGGAAUCCAUACGUGCCAAGGUAAUUGUCAAAUUGAUGGUGAGCAAUGCGGGUCACUUUAUCGCCAACGCUCUCGCACCCACCUCAGCUGAACAACCGCCAACACUCUCCAUCCCUACCUGUGCCCAUUCAGUCUCCCUAAUCAAAUCAUUCAACCCCCUCUCCUCCCCUCCCCUCCCAACACCCCCUUCCUCACACUCACUCUCCACCAUGACCAUGAUGCCUCAUCUCAAAGCACAUCACUGUGGCCCAACGUGGGCAGGACGUAUUCGUGCCGAUCACCUCACUCCUCGCUCCUCAUCCCUCUUACACCUAUUUCCUGAUGUCGAUUACCUCCCCUGUGGAGCGGAUUGA